UUCAAAGGCUAUCUGGAUUUGUCUUUCUUUACAUGCAAAAAUACAGCAUGAUUGAGGGAGGGAGAAAAUAGAAGGGAUGACCAAAAUGUGUGUUGCUAUGGACACCAACCAUCAAAGUAAUAUCAAACUCAGUAAAACUGAGAAGAAAUUCUUAAGGAAACAGAUUAAAGCCAGGAAUACUUUGCUGAGACAUGAAGGCAUCGAGGCAGUAUCCUAUGCCACUCAGAGCCUGGUUGUUGCCAAUGGUGGUUUGGGUAAUAGUGUGAGUAGGAAGCAACUGCUCCCAGUUUUAGAGAAAUGUGGACUUGUGGAAGCUCUCUUAAUGCCACCUAACAAGCCCUAUUCAUUUGUAAGAUACACAACUACAGAAGAAUCCAGAAAAGCCUAUGUUACCCUCAAUGGAAAAGAAAUAGUGGAUGAUUUAGGACAAAAGAUUAUUCUGUACUUGAAUUUUGUGGAAAAAGCACAAUGGAAGGAGAUGGGGCUUCAACCUUUACCUCCAGGCCUCAUGGUAGUAGAAGAAAUUAUUUCGUUUGAGGAUGAGAAAAUGCUUUUGGAAAGUAUUAUUUGGACAGAAGAUACAGACAAUCAAAAUUUUCAGAAAUCCUUAAAACACAGAAGAGUAAAGCAUUUUGGUUAUGAAUUCCACUAUGAGAACAAUAAUGUAGAUAAAGAUAAGCCAUUACCGGGGGGUCUUCCUGACAUUUGUGAUAGCAUUUUGGAGAAAUGGUUGAAGAAAGGUUACAUUAAGCAUAAACCUGAUCAGUUGACUGUAAAUCAGUAUGAACCUGGGCAUGGAAUUCCUCCUCAUAUUGACACACAUUCUGCUUUUGAGGAUGAGAUUGUUUCUCUCAGUUUGGGGUCAGAGAUUGUUAUGGAUUUUAAGCAUCCAGAUGGUGUCACAGUACAAGUUAUGUUGCCUCGUCGGAGUUUGCUAGUGAUGACAGGAGAAUCUAGAUACCUUUGGACUCAUGGAAUCACACCCAGGAAAUUUGAUACUGUUCAAGCAUCUGAGCAUUACAAAAGUGGAAUUAUCACCAGUGAUAUUGGAGACUUAACUUUAAGCAAGAGGGGAAUACGAACAUCAUUUACAUUUAGGAAAGUGAGGCACACACCUUGUAACUGUAGUUAUUCUUCUGUCUGUGACAGUCAGAGGAAAGAGACUCCUCCCUCAUUUCCAGAGAGUGAUAAAGAAGCCUCACAACUAGAGCAAGCGUAUGUACAUCGAGUUUAUGAAGAGAUUGCUGGGCACUUUAGCAGUACAAGACAUACCCCAUGGCCACGGAUAGUGGAGUUUUUGAAGGCUUUGCCAAGUGGUUCCAUAGUGGCCGAUAUUGGGUGUGGAAAUGGGAAGUAUCUUGGCAUCAAUAAGGAGUUAUACAUGAUUGGUUGUGAUCGUAGCCAAAGCCUUGUGGACAUUUGUAGAGAGAAGCAUCUUCAGGCCUUUGUAUGUGAUGCGUUGGCUAUUCCAGUUCGCAGUGGGUCUUGUGAUGCCUGCAUCUCCGUUGCUGUUAUUCACCAUUUUUCAACAGCAGAGCGUAGAGUGGCAGCUCUCCAAGAACUUGUUCGACUCUUGAGACCUGGAGGGAAGGCACUCAUUUAUGUCUGGGCAAUGGAACAAGAAUAUAAUAACCAGAAGUCCAAAUAUCUUAAAGAAAACAAAAUUAGCCAAGGAAAGAAAGAGAUCAGUGAUACAUCUGUGCAAAGGCAGCUUGUGGAGCAAAUGCCUAAUGCGAACAGUCAAGACUCAGCAGCUUCUGUCCCCUCCAUUCAGGAGGGAGGAUGCAAUUCAAGGAAAGUCACUAAUUCUGAGCUGCCUAUACACACCAACAGGACUACUUUUCAUUCUCAAGAUGUACUGGUUCCCUGGCACCUUAAAGGAAACCUUGGUAAAGACAAACCUGUUGAGCCAUUUGGUCCAAUAAGAUCUCAUGACCCAGGUUCUGUGUUCCAUCGUUACUAUCAUGUGUUCUGUGAUGGAGAAUUGGAAGCUGCCUGCCAGACUUUGAGUAAUGUCAGCAUUCUGCAAAGCUACUAUGAUCAAGGAAACUGGUGUGUGAUUCUUCAGAAGAUCUGAAUAUUUAUGUGAACAUAUUUUAUGUAGAGAAUAAACUUUAAAAAAAAGGAGACUAAAUUAAUUGUCCUUUUAAUUAAAGUGAAAACUUGUGGUGAAGUACCAAAGGAGAAAUCCUGAGAGAAAUUUGGAAAUAGAGAUUGCUUAGGAAACAUUUGAUCUGCUACUUUGACUUCAUAAAUGUAGGCUCUUCCUACAUCCCUACUCAGGAUGGUGUUUAAAAGUGAUUCAAGUAAUUUGCGAAGUAUUUGAGAUUCUCAUGUAAGAGUACAGCAAUUUGAAGAUGAUAUUUUAUUAUAAAUGUUAUUAAAGAACCUGAAUUAUGUUGAAUCUUAUUGAAGUAAUUAUAUAAUAUUUUAAUAAAGAAACUAUUCUUGGUCAAUAGAAAAUUAUCUUAAGUUUUAUCUACAGUUCUUUUU